AGAGAGAAGUGGUGCACACAACUUUCUAUUUAAGCCCCACCACUUCUCAUACACAAACAGUUUGCAUGUCAAUUUUAUCACACUGCUACUUCCUGCUUCCUGCCAAGUUAGUCUCCCAUACAUACAUACACAGAGAGCUUGUUUCUUAAGAAACGUCCAUCCUUCAUGGCGAAACGUUUCAAGUUCCGAAUCUCCCGAGUGAUCCCCUCCUUCCAAUCUUGCCGUUCAAAAGACCCCUCCACUCUCCCCUCAAAUCCUGUCCCUUCAUUUCUCUCCCGACCACCCCCCUUAGUCAACCACGUGAACUUCCCAGCCACCACCCCACUACCACCACCUCUACCGUCCAAAAUCCAUCACCACUCCUCCAUCAAACGCCACGUGUUAUUCUGUGGCAUCAGAUCCAGACCAACACUCUCCGACGACGACCGCACCAGAUCGCCGCCCGACCAUCAUCAUAAGUUCGAGUGGGAAAGAGAGGACAAGUGGCACGUGGUCGCCAAGGUCUACGACAUUAACCCACGCAACAAAAUCUACACUUCCUCCGCCUCCGCCUCCUCCGACGUAGACGACACCGUUUCGCCUCCUCCCUCCUCCGUCUCGGAGCAGAACAAGAAAACGAAUCAAAAACGACGAGUCAAAAACAAAAAGAAGAAAACAACGACAAGUCGCAUCAGGAUCAGCACGUCCUCCUUCGAAACCGGAAUUUUCAGCAGCGAAGGCGGCGGCGGCUUGGACGAAGAAGAAACCGAAACCCUCGUCUCCACCAGAUCUUCCAGAAGCUUCUCCACCGACUCAUCCCCGCCACUUCCUCGCCGGAAAAAGAAAAAGAAGCGUGGCAGCAGCGCCGCGAAACGCAGCGUCUCGAGAAGGUCAUCGGCGGAGAUGGAAACGGCGGCGCCGGCUAGGCUGUCGGUGUUUCAGAGGCUGAUACCGUGCACGGUGGAGGGGAAGGUGAGGGAGAGUUUCGCGGUGGUGAAGAAGUCGGAGGAUCCGUACGAGGACUUCAAGAGGUCGAUGAUGGAGAUGAUUUUGGAGAAGCAGAUGUUCGACGACAGAGAGUUGGAGCAGUUGCUCCAUUGUUUCUUGUCUCUGAACUCGAGGGAGCACCAUGGGGUCAUCGUUGAAGCUUUCGCCGAGAUUUGGGAGGCUCUGUUCUGUUGCGCUACUGGUAGUGCAAGAUCAUCAUCUGGAGCAAGAGUUUCUAGAGCUCUUUAAAACCUAGCUAGCUAGCUCUCAAACGAAUGAAAAUAAAACACGAACUAGAUGAUCACUUUAAUUAUUUUUCAGUUUGAGGGUUUUUAUGUAAUAUAUGUGUUGCAAGAGAUCAUAUGAAAUAGUAUGGGUUAGUUUUAAA